AUGGUAGAGGACCUAAAGGACGUGUACGUUCCACCGUCUCCACGACCUCCUCCUAUACCGUUUCCACAGCGAUUACAACGUAAAUCACCAGUAGAUGGAAAGCUUACAAACUUCGCCGAUAUAUGGGAAAAGAUGGAAAUUUCUCAGCCUCUACAAGAAGCUAUAGCGCAAACACCAUCUUACGAAAAAUUCCUUAAAGACUCACUCGUCAAAAAGGAGAAAGUAGAAGAGGAACCCGUAAUCCUAACAGGUGAAUGCAGUGUUGUACUGCAACAGAACUUACCAGCCAAGAUGGCGGAUCCAGAAAGUUUCUCUAUACCCUGCCAAAUGGACAAUGUCUCUAUUCCUAGCGCACUGUGCGACUUAGGAGCGAGUGUGAGUCUGUUACCAAAGACCACAUAUGAUAAGUUGAACGUGGGUGAACUGAAACCCACUAAAAUGAUUCUACAGCUGGCGGACAAGUCAGUGAAAGCCCCUCUUGGGACUUUAGAGGAUGUAACACUUAAGGUUGGAAAUAUUUAUGUUACGAUCGACUUUGUGGUAAUUGAUAUGGACAACAUAAAGGAUAAAUCAAUCAUUUUAGGACGUCCAUUCCUCAACACUAUUGAUGAUGUAAUUCAUGUCCGAAAGGGAUGCAUCAAGAUGCAUAUUGGAGAUAAGGACAUUGAAUUUAAGCUGAAACCAAAACCAUAA